AUGGUCUUCUACUCAGGCUUUGCGCUGUGCGCAGCCAUCACAAGCGCGGCUGCGCUCCAGGUCCCACUUCUAUCAUCCGGUAACCAAGCGUCACUAGGACAUCCACAUGGAACGAAACCGCUGGUCAAAUCCACGGAGCUCCAGGACCUCAUCAGCGGAGACAGGUUGAUGGCGCGCGCUAAGAAGAUGUAUGAGAUUGCGAAGCUCGGCGAGGAGGAAUACAACCACCCCACCAGAGUAAUCGGGAGUGCUGGCCACCUCGGAACGCUAUCUUACAUCUAUGAAACUGUCCUUGAGCUUGGCGACUACUACACCAUCACCAACCAGACAUUCCCAGCUGUUUCCGGCAAUGUUUUUGAAUCGCGUCUUGUUAUCGGUGACAGCGUGCCCAAGUCUGCAAGGGCUAUGGGAUUGACGCCAGCCACCAAGGACAAAGAGCCUGUGCACGGCGAUCUUGUUUUUGUUGAAAACGAGGGUUGCCAGGAGUCUGACUUCCCGGACUCCGUAGCUGGCAACAUCGCCUUCGUCAAGCGUGGUGUGUGCCCCUUCGGCACCAAGUCUGAGCAUGCUGGUCGCAAAGGUGCUGUUGCUGCCAUUGUCUACAACUACGAGAAAGAUGCUGUCUCAGGUACCCUCGGAACGCCAUCACCAGAUCACAUUGCCACAUUUGGCCUCUCUGGCGAAGAAGCUGAGCCAAUUCUGAAGAAGCUUGAGAAGGGAAAGCGCGUUGAUGCGAUCGCCUACAUCGACGCCGAAGUGAACACGAUCCUUACCGUCAACAUUGUCGCGCAGACGACAGCUGGCGACCCAGACAAUUGUGUCAUGCUCGGUGCCCACAGUGACAGUGUUACUGAAGGCCCUGGAAUUAACGAUGAUGGAUCAGGUACGAUGUCGCUGCUUGAGGUUGCCACACAACUCACCAAGUUCAACGUGAGCAACUGUGUGAGGUUUGCCUGGUGGGCAGGUGAAGAAGAAGGCUUAUUGGGUUCUGACUACUAUGUCGCCUCUUUGCCCGAGAAGGAGAACCAGAAGAUCCGUCUCUUCAUGGAUUACGAUAUGAUGGCUAGCCCGAACUUCGCCUACCAAAUCUACAACGCUACAAACGCGCUGAACCCUAAUGGUUCAGAAGAGUUGCGCGAUCUGUACAUCCAAUGGUACAAGGAUCAAGGUCUGAACUACACCUUUAUUCCCUUCGAUGGUCGCAGCGACUAUGAUGGCUUCAUCCGAAACGGCAUUCCUGGUGGUGGUAUCGCUACGGGAGCGGAGGGUAUCAAGACGGAAAAGGAGGUUGAGAUGUUUGGUGGAAAGGCGGGAGAUUGGUAUGACAACUGCUACCAUCAGCUUUGCGACGAUAUCUCAAACCUCAAUGAGACGGCGUGGGUCGUCAACACCAAGCUCAUCGCACACUCGGUCGCGACAUAUGCGCGCUCCUUCAAGGGUUUCCCGAAGAGAGAGCUAGAGGCCUCGGUCAAGUCUACGGCAUACAGGGAGGAUGUCAAAUAUCAUGGUGAUAAGAUGUUCAUUUAG